AUGAUGAAUCCAUCACAGCAAUAUUGCUUGACAUGGAACAACCACCAAAGCAAUUUGGUGCAUGUUUUCACUCGCCUGUGGACUUCUCAAGCCUUCACAGAUUGUACCCUAUCAUGUGAGGGGAAAUUCCUCAAAGCCCAUAAGGUGAAAUUCAUCAUUGUUUGUAUCACUGUGAUGACAUGUUUUGUGCUUUAUUGCCUUUUGCAGAUAGUGCUGUCAGCUUGUAGCACCUACUUUGAGACACUCUUUUCCCUGCACUCAGAGAAGCAUCCAGUGAUCAUCCUGCGGGACACAUCAUUCGCAGAUAUAAAGUCAGUUGUGGAAUUCAUGUAUAGAGGUGAAAUCAAUGUGUCUCAGCAACGGUUGGAAUCCCUUCUUCGCACAGCAGAGAGCCUUAAGAUCAAAGGCUUGGCUGAAACAUCAUCACGGGGUACACCAAAGCCGACAGCAAUUCAGGGAAACACUGUUACACCUGGAAUCAUCCUUCCAAUGACAGUAACUACCACUGCAAGCCAGGGGCAAGUACAAGGAUUCUUUUCAACCCUUGGACUUGUGGAGAAAGGCAAAGGGAUCAUUCAAGCCACAACAAAUAGUGCCAAUGCAAAUAUCAACACCUCCACAAUAGUACAGACUAAGAAGAUCAUUGAAAAGCCUUUAGAUACUGUCAAAGUGUAUAGAAGAAAAAGACCUUCACAAGGAGAUGCUGAAAUGGAGCCAGAUACAAAGAAGGAAACACCUGAGGAUGCUGAAAUGCAAAAAGAGGAUGGAGAGGAGGCCAAAGUGGAAGUAGAAGUUGAUCCAAUGAACACCCUGGACCAGGUUGAAGAAGAUGAUGGCCAGGCAUCCCAUGCAUCUUCCUCUGAUCAGAAUUUAGAAGAAGGGGAGAAUUCAUCCUUGAUGGUACAAGAGUCAUCUAAUGUUUCAACUCCUGUCUCUGUUUCCCCUUCUGCUUCACCUGCACCUGCACCAUCAAUGCAGAAAUCACCAGCUAAGAAAGGAGGCUCCACUGUGCCACUUUCAGACCUUCUCCCACUGGACCCCUCCCAAAUCAUCAAGAUGGAUGAUUAUAUGCAGCUUGGAAAGACUCGUCGGGAAUUCUGGGAUGAACCCUCAAGCAAGAUGGUCCUGGAUUUCAUAUCGAACAAUGUGAUUGACCUGAAGACAGGUGCAGACCUCCUAGGAGUCUCAUAUGCAAACAUCUAUACCCGAUAUCGAGAGGCACAUGGUUAUUUAAACCAGCGUUCUUCUGAUCAGCGCUCCCCCCGUACUGGGAGACGAUCUGCCAUUGACUGGAGUGAUGAGAGUACCCGGCAGGUCAUGAGGAUGAUUGCUGAUAAGGUGAUCACAAUCAAGAAAGGAGCAGAAAUGCUGGGUGUGGAGUACUCCACCAUGUGGUACCAUAUCUCUCAUGCUCAGAAUCAUCCUGAGAAGUUCCGACUUUAACAUCAACAGCCCUGGUUUUUCUGCCUCUCUUCCACUCUUGCAGUCAUGUUAUUUGCUUAUCAGCCUCCUUGUCACUCUGUUUUUCCAAGAAUCAGGGAUCAUGAAGAGGAGCAUGAUAAUGUGCAUGAACUGAUUUUUAGUCCCCGUGGAUGAUGUGCCUCUUUGAGAGAAAGUAUAAGCCUGCCUUUGUAUAUGAAUCAUAUUCCAAUACUUCAAGGUUCUUGGUUUUUUUCACUGUGGUGUCAUUCAAUGUCACAAUUUGCUAGAUUGUUACCUCAUGUCUAGAAUAGUUUCAUUGUAUAGUGUUUUAUUUUUAAGUGAUGUUUGUGAUCAUUUUCACUGCUUAUCAAUGAUCCCCCAUCUAAUCCAUGUUCCCAUCUCUAGUGGCCAUGCACUUCCAUGACUGUUGAUAUUUCAUUUCUGCAGUCAGACAUUCAGGGAUUGAUUGGUUGGGCAUUGCCUUUCCUCUGCACUUUAUUAGUCUCUCUCUUUUUUUUUUUAACACAUUCAUGACCUACUGAUUUGAUGCUUGGUCCUUCCUCAUGCUGUGUGAUUUUAAAGUUAGGUGCCUGCACAUGACAUUCCUUCAAAGCUCCCUUGUGUGUGAUGAAAAAGAAUUGGCCCUAGCUCAAAUGUUAAGCUUGUGCUGCUCAUACAGACAUAACAACCCUUUUUCUUCAUUUGGUCACAUUUUACCAAAGGAAAUUAAUAUGCCAUUGCAGGACAAAAAGUCUUGUCAUUGAUCCCAUUUGGGGAUCCUCUCCACAUGACCAGCUCUUGUCAUCAGUCAUGAAUGUGUUGGGGGGCAUGGGCAGUAUCAUUAGAGAUGCUGUAUCGUCAAGUAGGGCUUUGAUGGGGAUUUUUUUUACUUAUUGAUUUGGUGGCAUUCACUUCACUGGUUUAACUAAAAUUUAAUUUGACUGGGACUCUGUUGGAAGAUCAAUACAGCUUGAGUCCCAUGGAAGUAUCAGAUUUUCUUCCAUCAAUCUGGUAUAUGUUACCCAUUAUCAUAUUGAAAAAGGUGUCCCAUUAAUCAAUUUCAGAAUAUGCUCAUGGAUUUCUUCAUACUGAUGGGUCCAGACCUGAGUUGGGUUUCCAUGAAUGCUUGUUUGGGCUUUGUUCUUUUGGCACUUCCUGGGAGAAAUGAGGAUGGAAGUGGGAAUGUAGGAUUUUGGCUGUGGAGCCAUUAUGCCAUUUGGAGUUAAUCGUUUUCCUAAUAUCCACUUGUUUUUAAAUAAGUUUUUGCAUUUUUUAGGUCUAUCCAAUUUAUUGACAAUUACAUUGAAAUAUGUCAUGAAAUUCUGAAUCAAUUGAGUAAACAUAGGAGUCAAGUUAAAUUUAUCUAUUAAGUAAGGUAGUCCAGUUAAAUCAACUCAAUCUAUUUUUUUUUUCUGUUUUGGCCCUUUCAUAAUACUAUGGAUGUAUCAAUUGUGGCCUGACUUAUGACUCAAAGUUCACAGUUGGGAUAAGGAUGUUGACAGGUUUUAGACAUGACACCGUCGAGGUAAUGGGCAAAGAUCGCAUUUGACAUCCUUAACCUUGAACCAUGGGUUAUGACCCACGUUGCAACUGAGUGCAUCCAGUACAUUUCAAUUGCACCAUACUGCAGUCUCUUGACCAUUCCUUCAUUUCUCUAGUUGAUGCUGAUCCUCCCCUACUCUCUCUUUUGCUAUUUCUCUCCUCUGUGGCUUUUGAAAGUUUCAAGCUGACUGUCAAAACAAGAAGGAUUUUAUCUAUAACCAUUGUGUAUUAUAGUGAUAGUAGUGGGGCUCCUAGAAAAAUGCAUAGGCAUUCAGAUUCUGGUGGAUGGCACUAAAGAAAGAGAGAGUGACAGAUCUUAAUUGUCCUCCAGAGAAUGUUGCCUCAUAUUGACGGCUGUUGAUCCUUGUGUGAUGUGAUGUCAGCUGGCAGGAUUCGAUCAGUAGGAAGAGUCACCUUUCCUUCUGUCGAUUUUCUGUCCUACCUUUAUCUUUCCUUCUUUCUUUCUUUUUUGUUUUUCUUGCUCUUGCCCACACCAAUUCAUAUGUAGGCAUAGUUAUGAAGUCAGAGACAGAGGCCAUACAAUAGCUCUGGUCUUGACCUUACUUGAAGGACUGUAAGCAAGGGAAUCAGGAGGUACCCUAUGUGUGAUAAUAGCCUUUUUGAUGUCAUUUUGUUGGUUUUUUUUCAGCAGCUGUCUAAUUAAUUCUUUAUGCCUGUAUUUGAGUCAUUUCUGGGACCUGGGGAGGGGGGACUAUUGUGAUCCCCCCACCCCUUUCCCUCUCCCCCCCUUUGGGAUUUGCUGCUUUACACAUGCAUACAUGCAACCAAACUGUGACCUGAGAUGUAAAGCAAUCCUGUUCCAUUGUGUAUAUAGAACUUGUGUCUUGUAAUAUGGUCAAAUGCCCUGUGUGGCACUACAAAACAAGGCUGGUCUAUGUCAGAUCACUUGGGAUGGUGCCAUGAUCUUGCUGCAAACCAUCCAUCAUUUGGAUGUUCAGGUCAAGGUCACGAACAAAUUUUGCAUCCAGGAUGUGCUUGGGUUGACUUGGCACAGUCAGCCUGUCUUGUUUCAUCUGGAGAGGAUAGUGGGCCCUGAUGUGCAGCAGUGCCCAGUAUUAUUGCCAGUGCAAAUGCCAUCACUUAAGAAUUCUUUUCGGAAGUUGUUUUCUCUGUGGCUGCAUUGUAUGUUGUAUAUGGUCCUGUGAUUAACUCCUUCACAUGAGGUUUUUUGAACUUCGCUUUGCAUGGAUCGCAAUAGUGCUAGUGACUCCAUCCUCAAUCAUGCACAUCCAGUCAUCCAGUCUUGUUUGUGUUCAGUUUGGAAUGAACCUGUUUGUUU